AGCACACGUCCCACAUUAGAUAAGACUGCACUCUCUGUGUUUGGAUACGACUCUACUUGGUGCAAACCUGCCUCACGCACCUGUCUGACUGUCUCUACUGCGGUCUUACACCUCCUCUUAUCGUGAGCCAACAACACCUGGAGUAGAGUGGAAUGAACCCGGCUGAGGUAAAAGAUGGAGUUGUUGGCCGCUGCGCCUUUAAGACUGCAUGUGGUCUACAGCUCGCUGCUCCCAUGGCAGGCUCUGUAGGUGCACCACGCUCUCAAAGUUUGACUGGGGAAUAGCUCCGGGGACAGGGGAGACGGCAGCAGCAUCGCCCCGCCGGGAAGCACACACAAGGAACCAUCAUCUGAAGAGGGGGAAAAAGGACCGCAGCUCGCCUGGGAGUGUCCGACUCAGGCGAUAAGAACAAUGGAAGAGGUGGCUAAAUGGAUUUUCGAUUUCUAAAUAGGAAACACAAGAAGGUUAUUGUAACAGUGUUUGUUGAAAGGAGGGACUCCCGGCUGCAGCCUCCCCCCUCAGCCAUGCCGCUUGUAUUCCGCACGCUGCUGUUCGGCUUUGUAACGCUGCUCGUUGUGGUUUUCAUAAUUGAUGAUAUUGCAGAAGUGGAGGAAGAAACUGCAAAUACUGGACAUUCACAGAAGAUGAACUUGCACCAACUCAUCCCUCAACCGCACAGAAAGGCUGCAGCACACGUGGAUCCGACUGCUUUGACGAGAUUAAGCAAAGAUGUAAAUCAUCUCGGUCCGAGCUACAAUACCACUGUCAAGCUCUCGUCAAACAACUGGACCUUCAACAAGACCCUCUCCAACCUCAUCAGGAAGAAUAUUCUAAGAUUUCUUGAUCCGGAGAGAGACAUCUCUAUCCUGAAGGGCACACUGAAGCCAGGAGAUAUCAUCCACUAUGUGUUUGAUCGCCACAGCACCAUAAACAUCUCAGAAAAUCUCUACCGUCUUUUGCCAACUGUAUCCCCCAUGAAGAACCAACAUCACAGGCGCUGCGCCAUUGUGGGAAACUCUGGGAUCCUGCUGAACAGCAGCUGUGGACCUGACAUCGACUCUCAUGACUUUGUUAUCAGGUGUAACCUGGCACCGGUGGAGGAGUACUUUCAGGACGUGGGGUGGCGGACCAACCUGGUGACCAUGAACCCUUCAGUGGUGCAGCGGGCCUUCCAGGACCUGGUCAGCGAAGAGUGGAGGGAUCGCUUCUUGCAGCGGCUUCAAAGCCUCAGCGGCAGUGUGCUGUGGAUCCCAGCCUUCAUGGCCAAGGGGGGAGAGGAGCGCGUGGAGUGGGCCCUUCGUCUCAUCCUGUUGCACACUGUGGACGUACGCACUGCGUUCCCCUCGCUGCGCCUCCUCCACGCUGUCAGAGGGUAUUGGCUAACCAACAAUGUCCACAUCAAGCGUCCGACCACUGGGCUCCUCAUGUACACGAUGGCCACUCGCUUCUGUGAAGAGAUACAUCUUUACGGCUUCUGGCCCUUCCCACUCGACCCGCAGGGCAGAUCAGUCAAAUACCACUACUAUGAUACUCUAAAGUACGAGUACACAUCCAGCUCCAGUCCUCACACCAUGCCUUUGGAGUUCAGGACCCUGAGCGCAUUGCACAGACAGGGGGCGCUCCGGCUCCACACUGGGACCUGUGAUGCACAGAGGAGACCACAGAAGGAGCUUCUUCACUGAGCAGACUCUGUACAAACUGUUUUCUUGUUUACACACUUUUAUGAAACUUGAAUUAACUUAUUUUCAGUAAUUGGAAUGAACUUUUUGUAUUUCAAGCUAUUUAGUGACUUGUUUCACUGGUUAAUGAUAUUUCUAUGGCAACCUUUUAAAAUAAUGAGACCCUUUUCUGCUGGUGUGACCAAACUGUUAAUAGAGAUCCUGUCAUGUUCAUCUGUUGGCCCCUUUUUAUUUUUCUUAAAAAGACCAUUUUUUAAAGUCUAUCCAGGUUUCCAGUAUGGUUAUAAGUUUAAAAUUAAGAGUUCAGAACAUAUUAUGUUUUGUGUUCAAAUUGGUCAUGAUACACCAUCAAUUAAUAUCCCCAGUUUAUGAUAUGAUAGGGCUCCAUUUAAGGCUGUAGUUGUCACUUUUUGGGCCACAAGAUGGAAGCACUUAAAAAUCAGGGAGAAUGAUAAUAAAAGAAGAAAUGUUGGUCAGCUCUUCAAACAUUGGUGUUUUUUUAAUUUGAUGUUCAACUUGUGAUAACAAAUUUUCCUCUAUUAAUGAACUUUUUAUGCUUUUGUAGCUUCUUAUAAAGUGCAUAAAUGGUGUUUACCAAAAGUCCAGUCAACCAGAGCUGCCAUGUGAUAAGGUUAGGUUAACCAAAAGGAAAAAUGGAAGCAUGUUGAAUUGUAUUCAGCUUCUUUGAGGACAAAGAGGGAGUGUACCAGCUGUUCGCAUAAGAAUGUUUACACAGACUUAGCCGGCAGUAAACUCACUUUUCUCAAAGAACACCAGCCCUGUUUCUGCACUGGAAAUGUUAGUAGUAAGGGCAGACUGUAGUUGUGUUGUGGUAGUAAGAAAAGCUUAGAUUUCUUUACAUGAAUGUAUUGGUGAUGUUCUUACAAGUGCUGUAAGAAAGGAUGCCCAUUUUGUGCUUUAAAUAAAUUACAGUUAGCAGCAGUUUCAGUGUAAUAACACAGAGGACGAUUAGCUCGUAACUUGUUUGCCUUCAUUUUAAAUAAUGUAUGAAAUAUACUUGUAUAGUGUGUUAGGGUUAGUAUUUUAACCAAUAUAGGUUGAUAUAGAUAUGUGGGGAAUCUUCAUUGAAUUUGAGAGUAUUUUGUGCCUAUAAUCACUCAUUUUGACCAUUUUAAAAUUGAACCAUUCAUGCCCAGAAAUAACUGUUCAGGGUUUAUCUAAAUCAUUCUUGACAGGAUGGGAAAGAUGUAUCAAUAGUAUCACCCACUUCUGAAACACUUUAUGCAGAUAUGAAUAAACACUAAAAUAACUUCACAUUAAAAAUAUACUUUACUGGAGACUUAAGUAAUUGUGGUCAGGAAAUAAUUCAAUUAUGUUUAUUUUUAGGCCAAUAGCAGCCUGGUUGGUCAAACCAAUAUAUCAGUUUAAUGCUAACUUUCAAGCUUCACCUCAGUAAAAGUCUUAAAGUUUAGUUGAGUUUUUUAGGAGUUGUCUUGAUACAGGACUGUUUGCCUAACACUUUUUCUGCAACAAAAUGCUUUCCAAGAGCUCUGCAGCUAAACAAGUCGCCUCUCAUGUGCUUCCUGCCAUGUGAUAUGUGCAUAAUAGUGUUGUUUUGCCAGGAUGCGCCUGUUGACUUGCAUUUUGGCCCACACCCCUACUUAAAUUAAGAAUAGAUACGAAAGUUGUACUAGAGAGUGAGCGGUCUGAAGCAAUGAAUGGUUUAUUUGUCUGAGCUCAGCAAAAAUAGAAACAUUCUGCAACCAACACAAUUAAGUUAAUUAACCCAGAAUUUGCCACCGUUGAAAAAACUUUAUAUUGACAUGUACUGUAGUUUCUGCUGAAAACCUGAGGGGUUGUGCUGUAUUGUUUCAUCUUACCUCUUUUCAUGUAUACUGUAUGUAAACAUCUAUUUAAUGUCCAAAUUUCAGCAAACAUGUUAGCUUUUGCA